UGUCUUCUGCUGCGUGUGUGGCAGAGAGCAACUUCUCAGCAGACUGGGGUGUGGCGGCUUUGAAAACACUGAAGGAAAUCAGAGAUCGUUCAACGCUAGCUACCUAACGGUGCAGAUUACUGAAAACCCUCGGCGACCAGCGAACGGACUUAACCGAGGAAGAAAACGACGGGGAUUUUUUUACAUUUGUUUUCGCGUUUUCCGAUUCAUUCAGUUUCCCGACGCGGAUUCUCUCAUCGCUCGGUUCGCUUUUUAAACAACGCUACCUGAGCUAAAGGGUUUGAUCUCAACUUUUUUAAAAAAAAACAAACUUUUUGGAUUCGCAGCUAGGAGUUUUUCUCCCUCCCCGUUCGCGUGAUGUAAAACUCCAGCGUCUGGCUACUUGGUUUCUCUCGGGAGCCUUAAACGUCAAAAGAGUCCAGGUGUUGCUCUAACAUCAGCAUCUUAAAUUCAUAACCCUACAUUGCUUUUUUUUUCAUAACCCAAAAGCCCUUUGAAAUAUUUUUCGGACGUAUAAAACGUCGGUUUUGGGAUCUACUAGUGUUUUAAAGACAUUUCCCCUCCUUGGACUUGCGACAGGCAUUUUUUUCGAAGCCGAAAGAGGAAGUUAGUCACGGAAGACUAUUUAAAAAAAAAAAAUCUCCCGUCGCUUUUAAAGGGUAACACCUUUUGUUUUUUUUUUCUCCUAAAUCUACACUCAUAAAUCCGUCGCCCUGAAGCGCGCAUUCGGAACCAUGGGCUGUACGGUGAGCCAGGAAGAUAAAGCCGCGGCGGAGCGGUCCAAAAUGAUUGACAGGAACCUGCGCGAGGACGGCGAGAAAGCCGCCAAAGAAGUGAAACUGCUGCUGCUGGGUGCUGGAGAAUCGGGGAAGAGCACCAUCGUAAAACAGAUGAAGAUUAUUCAUGAGGAUGGCUACUCGGAGGAAGAGUGCAAGCAGUAUCGAGCUGUGGUCUACAGCAACACCAUCCAGUCCAUCAUGGCCAUCAUUAAAGCCAUGAGCAACCUCAAGAUCGAAUAUGAGGACAGUGGCAGAGCGGAUGAUGCACGUCAGUUGUUUUCCCUGUCCGGGGCGGCAGAGGAGCAGGGCAUCCUGCCAGACGACCUGGCCAAUGUCAUCACCAGACUGUGGGCCGAUGGAGGGGUACAGAGCUGCUUCACCCGCGCCAGAGAGUACCAGCUCAACGACUCUGCUGCAUAUUAUCUGAAUGACAUGGAGAGGAUAGCCAAAGCAGACUACAUCCCGACCCAGCAGGAUGUGCUGAGGACCAGAGUGAAGACCACUGGCAUCGUAGAGACACAUUUCACCUUCAAAGACCUGCAUUUCAAGAUGUUUGAUGUCGGCGGUCAGCGUUCAGAGAGGAAGAAGUGGAUCCACUGUUUCGAAGGGGUGACGGCCAUUAUCUUCUGUGUGGCCAUGAGUGCGUACGACCUGGUGCUGGCUGAGGAUGAAGAAAUGAAUCGAAUGCAUGAGAGCAUGAAACUCUUCGACAGCAUCUGCAACAACAAGUGGUUCACAGAGACCUCCAUCAUCCUCUUCCUCAACAAGAAGGAUCUGUUUGAGCAGAAGAUCACGCGCAGUCCUUUGUCCAUCUGCUUCCCUGAGUAUACAGGUGCCAGCAACUACGACGAGGCAGCCGAGUACAUCCGCACCAAGUUUGAGGACCUGAACAAGAAGAAAGAAACCAAGGAGAUCUACCCUCACUUCACCUGUGCCACAGACACGAAGAACGUGCAGUUCGUUUUCGACGCCGUCACCGACGUCAUCAUCAAAAACAACCUGAAGGACUGCGGGCUCUUCUAGAGCACGAAAACAGGAAGAUGAGUCGAGAUUACUUGAACAGUUAUGAUGACCAGAGGAAGCAGGGGUGAAACACGUCCUGAGCAUCUGCACUGGCCGACCGUGACUCCUGCUUCCACGUGACGGAGCCCGACACAAUUUUAAUGAUUGCCAACGACCUUAGCCUCUGUUCCGCCUCCCGUCCCCGUCUCAGCGUUGUGUGACAUUUAAUAUCUGUAUUAUUAACAACUUAGGCUAUGACCACAAAUCACCAAUUGUUGUAUUAUCCUUUGUCCGUUUCUGUUGUUUCUUUUCUUUCUUUUUUUUUUUUUUUUUUUUUUUUUGUGGAGAAAAAGCAGAGGCAACUUUUUUUUUUACAUGACGCUUUUAUUUUACUGUAGGCAAUCCGAUGUGCAGAUUUUAUUAAACUUAAUUGCAUAAUGCUUCUUUUUUAAACAACCAGCAGGCAUUGGAUAUAGAAAAUGAUUGAAAAAGGAAAGCAUUUUUUUUUUGUGUGUGUGUGUGUUUUUUUUUUUUUUUUUUUUACGAUGUUUACAUGAUGUCCUUGUUGAUAGCAAAACGGAAAGUCGUCCUGCAUGAUAGAACAUAGCAAAUAUAUCAAUACAAGUAAUCAGUUCACAUCAGCGUAACAUUCCUUUUUAUGAUUUAAAUUUUAAAAGUACAAAAAAGAACAAAAAAAAAAUACAAAAAAGCACAAAAAAAGCUUUACAAAUGGGGAAAGAACUGCUAAAAUGUAACUGAUAUUUAAAGUAUGUACGUAACCGUAUCUAACGAUCUUUUUUCUUCUCUUCUAUCUUCCCGUUGCUCUUUCUAGCAUUCUGUUUGUGCCUUGACUUCCGUUUACAAUGGACUUUAUUUUCCCCCCCGAGUUGUCCUACUGUACGUAAACAUUUCUCCUGCAGAAAUUUCACAUGUAAGAAUAAAUAGUAAUUAAUGAUGAAAGUCUAAUUGAUAAAAA